CGGGGUUGGACUAACAACACAUCAUAGAGUUCUCCUGUCCGAUGCUCGUCUUUUGUCUUUAAUAAGAAUACUUUGCGCUAUCCUACGGCAUACAUUUUCGUGGAAUCAAGUCCUAUCAAUCUUCUAGCGCCAAUCCUGUCCGGCCCGGUGCCCCAUGCUUCGCCCCGACCACCAGACAAGAUGGACUCCUCCUUGAUAGAGAUCCAGCGCAGAGCUAUCCUGGACACAGUCCGUUUUACCGGUGGCAGAGACUGGAAAGUCCUGGUGUUGGAUGAAGGUAGCAGGAAACUCAUCGAUAAUGCAGUCAAGGAAGACGAUAUUUUGAAGGAGAAUGUUACGAACGUUGAACAGAUCGAGGACCGGCGACCAAUGAAUAAGGAUCUUGAUGCCCUUUAUAUAUUGUCACCGUUGCCCCAUAUCGUAGACUGUGUUAUGGCGGAUUUCGAGCGCCGGCGGUACAGGAAAUCAUUUUUGGUUUGGAUUUCAAAUCUCGACCCCCAGCUGCGGCACAGGAUAGAAAGGUCAUCCAUGGCUCGGGAUCAGAUCGCUGAUUUCCGUGUCAUGAAUAUUAAUUUCUUCCCCAGGGAAGCCCAUGUCGCAAUAUUCAGGGACCCGUGGAGCUUCCCGACCCUCUUUCAUCCUGCCUGCGAUAACUUGAUCAGGCCUCAUCUGGACGAGUUGGCACAAAAGAUUGUAUCGGUCUGCGUUUCGCUUGGCGAGUACCCUAUUGUCCGAUACUAUCGUCCGAAAAAUCCAGCCCACGAAGCAAGCGUCCUCUGCUCUCACCUGGCGCGGUUUGUGCAGGAUCAGCUAGAUGAGUACGCAAAACAUCAUGAUGAUUACCCACCACCGUCCACGCGGCCGCGGGGAAUACUCUAUAUUCUAGACCGAUCAAUGGAUGUCUAUGCCCCGUUAGUUCACGAAUUUACGUAUCAGGCCAUGGCCCAUGAUCUGCUACCUAUAAAAGAAGGAGAUAAAGUGACCUACAAAACUACGCUCAAUGAGGGCUUACCAAAUGAAGAGGAAAAGGAAAUGGAGAUAAGUGAACAUGAUAGGAUUUGGAUCGACAGCCGGCAUCUGCACAUGAAGGAUCUACUAGGAAAACUCGUCGAUGAUUUUAAUAAAUUUCGAGCAGAUAACCCUCAAUUUAACGAGAGUGAAACUGCCAACCUUAACACCGUCAAGGACAUGAUUGCUGGGUUGGCUGAAUUUCAAGAAGGCAAAAACGCAUAUACCCUACAUCUUAAUAUGGCGCAAGAGUGUAUGAGGUUGUUCCAGGAACGGAAAUUAAUGGAAGUCGCUUCUGUUGAGCAGUCACUUUCUACAGGCUUGGACGAAGAUUACCGGAAGCCUAAGCAUCUCGCCGACCAGCUAGUUCGCCUAUUAGAUGAGGAUUGCAUCGGACCGUCAGAGCGCCUGAGGUUAAUUCUUCUUUACUUGCUCUACAGGGAUGGUCUUCUUCCUGGAGAUAUAAAAAAGCUUCUUGCUCACUCGCAACUUCCACCACAGGAUGGUGAGGUUAUAUAUAACCUCGAUUUACUGGGUGCAAGGGUAGAAAAACCGCUUAAGGACACUAAGCCAAAGCCCGAACCUUUGUUCCCCCGAAAGGUUCCCGCUCAAACAACAGAAGAUGACACGAGUCUUUCUCGCUUUGAACCUAACUUGAAACUCUUACUGGAAGAACAGAACAAAGGCACUUUGGACGCCACAAUUUUCCCUUAUACUAGGCCUCAUCUGGACCCGGACGGCACACUAGGUCAAGACAAUGCUUCGCAGGCAUCCCUUCGGAGUGCAAAACCAACCUGGGCUCGAACCCGCCCGUCUGCAGCGGAGCCCCGCCAAAGAAUUAUUCUCUUCAUGGCUGGCGGUGCGACAUUUUCCGAAGCUCGUUCCUGCUAUGAAUUAGCCAGAGCCUCCUCAAAGGAUGUUUACUUAGCCACAUCUCACAUGCUCACACCAAAACUCUUUUUACGCCAACUUGGGGAUCUUAGCGUCGACAAACGUCGAUUGGAUCUUCCCGCAGAUCGACCUGCACCAAAGGCUCCUGCGCACCUCUUCGAAAAACCAGCACCCCAACAGUCUCCAGUUCCCCCGACUGGCGGGCUUGCCUCGAUGACUAUCAGCUCCAGAGAUGCUCCACCCAGGUCGCCGAACGGUGCUGCGGGUCAACCGAUAAAGCCUACCGUGCCGGCGGUUGCAUCUAGUAACAAAUUAGGAAAGAAGGAAAAAGAUAAAGACAAGGAGAAGGAGAAGAAGAAGCGCAAUUUCUUCAAGUGAUUAGAAAAGCAAUUUCCUAUUGCUGGAGAUGCUUUUUGCCCUGUUUUUGUCGUUCCCCCUAUGAUACCUGGAAUAUAUGCUCGCCGGACGACUGACUUACCAAUAUCCCUUCUUCCUGUUUUCAUCCCUUCUUCCUGACUUAUUUCAGCAUAGAACUGGCGCGGAUCCAUUCGGUGGUGUUAAUGCUGUAUUUCUCAUUCCCCCUUUUCCCAUGUAAAUUCGUAGGUAGAUGAGUAAUGGUGAUGAGUAAUGGUAUGAAGUUUAGUGGGAACGUGCUACGAGGUAUUUUGACAGAAGCCGUUUCAGUUACCUUUUUUUAAUAAAAUAAUACAUCUCACAGGCGGCUUUCAACCAUAACUAUAUGGGGCCAUAACAAAACCAAACCAAGCUAAACAAAUCUAAACAAAAUGGGUAUCAAGACAUUGCGCGUGCUCCAUGUAGCCAGGCCCCUUCGAUUGGGCCCCAUAAACCUACGCCUCAUCAAUCAUUGCAUCAUCAUUCAUAGUUAGUUAAUUAAGUCCCCAAAUACUUCCCAACAUCCUCUCUCGCAUAAAAUAUCUCCCUCAACCUUUCCCCCUUCUUCUUCCCCUCCGCCUCCAUCUUCCUCACCUGCUUCGCAUUCAACUUCUCCACUUUUGUCUUCGCCUUCUCUUGGCCGGGUUUGGGAGGUUUAACCCCUAAGCCGAGCGUAUCGUGUUUUACCCUAGAUUUCAGCGGUACAGAGAUACCCUGUCCCUGUGGGCCUAGGCCCAGACGCGAAUCUGGAUCCCAGCCCCGUGCUGAGAGGUACUUG